AUGAGUGCUGAUCUGCCUGAUGAUCCCCAAGUUCUUGCUGACAAUGCUUUAUCUUACCUGUAUAACCUUUGGAAAGCACAUGAAGAUGCUGAGAUAUGGGUUUGUACUAAUAGUUUGCAAGAUAAAGAACAUUGGGGUUCUGUCAUGAAACCUCACUCUUUUGUUGUUGGUGCUUAUGCCUUGAUGUGUCAUGAGAAUAAGUUUGUUGUUGAUAAAAAUCCUGAUACUGAUGUAUAUAAGCUGACAACAACCGAAGGUGUUCCAUAUACUUCUUGGGUACAUGCAGAUCACUUGAAAUUGGCCAAGGUUGAUUCCAUUUCCCAGAGUUGGUUCCACCCUACUGCUUCCCAUGCACAAUCCCGCUGA